UCUCACUCAGUACCCUUGGUAACCACGUUCUUGACCACAACCGCAGCUUUAGAUCCUCGCGAGUAGGGAAUGAAGGGGUACCACACAGGAGGCAGCGCCCACUGGGCUCCACUGGAUGCCAGGUUGCCCACCAGACCACAUCACUCUGGCCCUGGGCUCAGGGCAUGAUGUGAGUGUGAGAGCUUUGGCCCGGUUGCCAUUAAGACUCACUCCAGGUCACACUGAGGGCAAGGGUUGCUAGUCCCUGGCCGCUGGGACUCUCUCAUCCUGAGUUCUCCCAUCACCAUCACUAAGAAUGUUUUUCUGGUAACCGAAGUUGAAUUGAGACAUCCAAGGUCAUCUAUGCAUUUGGACAAGAUUCAGACAUCUAGGCGGCUUGUCCGGCUUUACCGGGGAGAAUCUAAAAAAGAAGCACAUUCAUCCUCCAUUAUUUUGAUGUCAUAUCUAAGACAAAAUGUCAAUAAAUGAAGUAUCAACAUUCUAUAUCAUAAAAGAAGAUACAAUUGCAAUGGGAAUUCUUCAACAUUAUCCCAGUCUACUCUGGUCUUAGAAAACAUACACUGUCCUAGGCAAAUGGAUGGACCUGGAGGGCAUCAUCCUGAGUGAGGGUGCACAAAUAAUGCUUGGCCUAAUUCACAAUGCACUGGGGACUCUCUGGCUCUCUUUGCACAAUCUAGAAGACAAGAGAUAUAGCAUCGGCCAUAAACUUAUGUUAGCUAGUAUCUGCUACCUGUUUGUGUCUGGAACAUUUUUCAUCAACUCAGGAUCCAGCAGUAUAACUCAGGGUAUUUCUUCAGUAUUUCAGCAUAUGUUUGCAAUUAUAACAAACAUCAUAAGUAUCUUCGUGGCUAUAUUUGGUUUAAUUCUACUUGGAUAUGAAUUUCCAAUUUUUGAAUCAAUAGGAACUGAAUACAUUUGGUCAAAUAUGGCUGGCAUGAUGCUUCUACAAAUUUCUGUCAUGUGUGCCAUCACAGAGCUGGUUAUUGCAAUCCUAGUGCUGCACUGGUUCAUAACAGCACAUAAAAUUGAAGAACCCUCAGAAGAAAUUUUCUCAGGUCCCUCCCAUUCACACCUAUCAUCACCACCUUCAACACAGCCAUCUAUGCUUGAGUUGGAGAAUGUCUCUGAACAAUCCCAUCCAAAAGAUAUAGAAGAUGAAAAUGAUGUGACUAACUGAAGAACCCUGCAGGGUUUUUUUUUUUUUUUACAAGAUGCCUCAUGGGAAACAUACUCCAAUGAUGUCCUUGCCAGUUCUCACUGUCUCCUCAUUCUGUAAUAAAGGAUGCAAUCUGAUCACCAA